AUUUGUUCUUUGCCUAUUACUCGUGUGCCUAUACUCUUACCUUAUGCGGUUAAGUAGCGUUGUUAAAGAAACAUCGAGAAACAAUUUUCAAAAAGGAGUGGUAAUAAAUAAGUAAAAGCACUGCACGCAAGCUCCAAACAUGCAACCUCAAAUAAUUCUAUUGAAAGAAGGUACAGAUGCGUCUCAAGGAAAGCAACAAAUUAUAUCCAAUAUAAAUGCAUGCCAGAUAGUUGUGGAUGCUGUUAGGACCACUUUGGGUCCUCGAGGCAUGGAUAAACUUAUAGUCAGUCAAGAUGGAAAAGGCACUAUUUCUAAUGAUGGUGCUACCAUCUUGAAACUGUUAGAUAUUGUUCAUCCAGCUGCAAAAACUUUAGUAGACAUUGCAAAAUCACAAGAUGCGGAAGUGGGAGAUGGCACAACCAGUGUAGUUCUUCUGGCAGGAGAAUUUCUGAAACAGAUGAAGCCAUUUAUAGAAGAGGGUGUACACUCUCGUAUAAUUAUCAAAGCUCUUCGUCGUGCUCUUCAGAUAGCUAUAGAUAAAAUUAAUGAAUUGAGCGUCAAAAUAGAUAAAAAUGACAUCAGCAAACAUAUGGAACUUCUAGAGGAAUGUGCAGCUACGUCUAUGAGCUCUAAGCUGAUACAUCAACAAAAAAAACAUUUUAGCAAACUAGUUGUCAAGGCUGUCAUGAUAUUAGACGAAUUGCUUCCUCUUAAUAUGAUUGGUAUUAAAAAGGUUUCCGGAGGUGCGUUAGAAGAUUCAGAGCUGAUCCAAGGUGUGGCAUUUAAAAAAACAUUUAGUUAUGCUGGAUUCGAGAUGCAACCGAAGAAAUAUCAACAUUGCAAGAUUGCAUUGUUGAACAUUGAGUUGGAAUUAAAAGCUGAACGGGAUAACGCUGAAGUACGCGUGGACAAUGUGACAGAAUAUCAACGAAUUGUCGAUGCGGAAUGGCAGAUUUUGUAUGAAAAACUUGACCAGAUUCACAAGAGCGGCGCAAAAGUAGUGCUGUCGAUGCUACCGAUCGGUGAUGUCGCGACACAGUAUUUCGCAGAUAGGGACAUGUUUUGCGCUGGCAGAGUGCCUGAUGAGGAUCUUAAGAGAACCAUGAAAGCAUGCGGUGGCGCAAUUUUAACGACUGUGCACGACAUUAAAGAUUCUGAUCUCGGAAGAUGCCAGACUUUCGAGGAGAAACAAAUCGGUGGUGAAAGAUUCAACAUCUUCGAACCUGGUGAGGAAUAUUCAGGAGCGAAAACGUGCACAUUCAUUCUACGUGGAGGCGCGGAACAAUUCCUAGAAGAGACAGAGAGAUCUCUUCAUGAUGCGAUCAUGGUUGUCAGACGCUUGGUGAAAAAUGACGCAGUCGUUGCUGGUGGUGGAGCCAUUGAAAUGGAACUUUCCAAGACUCUGCGCAAUUAUUCCCGCACCAUCGCCGGCAAGGAACAGCUCUUAAUAGGCGCAAUAGCGAGAGCUCUCGAAGUUAUCCCGAGACAACUUUGUGAUAAUGCCGGGUUUGAUGCAACAAACAUUUUGAACAAGUUGCGUCAGAAACACCAUAAGGGCUUACAAUGGUACGGCGUCGAUGUCAACACAGAAGAUAUUGCAGACAAUAUGCAGUGUUGCGUCUGGGAGCCGGCGAUAGUGAAGAUCAACGCGUUAACGGCCGCCACCGAGGCCGCCUGCCUCAUAUUGUCCGUCGAUGAGACUAUUAAGAAUCCCAAGAGUACUCAGGAUGGUCCACAGCCACCGAUGGGACGCGGCAUAGGCAGGCCUAUGUAAUUUAUCUGUCUAUUUACGACCCGCAAGGAUUUGAAAGCAUAAUGAAAUAAAAAGCUUACAUAACUCACAAGUACGAGUACUGUAUUGCGUUUUACAGUCUUAUUUCUCAUUGUCUUUUAUACACACUUGUAUUUAUAUGGAAUUGGAAUAGAUGAUUCCUCUGUGUUUAAAAUAAAUACUUGUGAAAGCACA